GAAGCCACCUCAGAAACGAUUUGAACCGCCAUGAUGGAGGUUCCCUGCAAAAUUUUAGCAGUGUGUCUGCUGCUCGUCGGCGCUCAGGCGUUUGCGGCAGUUGACGCAGCCAGGAGUUCCAAGGAGCUUACCUGGCAGUCCCUGUUCUACGAUGCUGUGACUGGAAAACUACAGGAGCCGCUGGCCGAUGAGCUCAUCGAAUUCGAUGAGUGUACUGCUCUUUACACUGUGGACAACAUAGAGAUCCUGCUGGCGGCUGGCUACAAGAUUCGUCGCUGCGGCAAGUUGGAAUCUAAGGAUAUUGAGAGAUAUUUGGAACGCCAGGAUGCCGUGUCCACGAAGCGCACUUUCAAAAGGGAGUUGGAUACCUGCGCACCUGCGAACCGUCAAUGCUACGUGGAUACCGUUCUGAAUCUAUUCAGCUCGGUGCGCCCUUACCGCUACGAUCGUCGCCGCCGCAGUGCCUGCAUUCUCCGUGAAGUGGAAAAGGCACUGAUCAAGCUGAAUGCAGCUUCCAUCUCUCUGGCCAAUUGCAUCGCCCAGAGUCAGCCACAGCCACUGCCGCCCCAGAACACCACAGCCGGAGGACCUGGAUGGAACACUACACAGUUCCCCAACACCAAUACCACUCCCAACUUCACCCUCACCACAAUUUAUCCGAACUUAAAUACCACUACCGAAGGUCCAUGGUUGGGAAACACCACUACUCAAGGUCCAUGGUGGGGAAAUAACUCUACUCAAGGUCCAUGGUGGGGAAAUAACUCUACUCAAGGUCCAUGGUGGGGAAACACCACUACUCAAGGUCCAUGGUGGGGAAAUAACUCCACUCAAGGUCCAUGGUGGGGAAACAACUCAACCGAAGGUCCGUGGUGGGGAAACAAUUCUACGGAAGGUCCAUGGUUGGGAAACACCACUACUCAAGGUCCAUGGUGGGGAAACACCACUACUCAAGGUCCAUGGUGGGGAAAUAACUCUACUCAAGGUCCAUGGUGGGGAAACAACUCAACCGAAGGUCCGUGGUGGGGAAACAAUUCAACCGAAGGUCCAUGGUGGGGAAACAACUCAACCGAAGGUCCAUGGUGGGGAAACAACUCAACCGAAGGUCCAUGGUGGGGCAAUACUACUACUCAAGGUCCAUGGUGGGGAAACACCACUACUCAAGGCCCAUGGUGGGGAAACACUACUACUCAAGGUCCAUGGUGGGGAAACACCACUACUCAAGGCCCAUGGUGGGGAAACACUACUACUCAAGGUCCAUGGUGGGGAAACACCACUACUCAAGGUCCAUGGUGGGGAAACACCACUACUCAAGGUCCAUGGUGGGGAAACACCACUACUCAAGGCCCAUGGUGGGGAAACUCUACUACUCAAGGUCCAUGGUGGGGAAACACUACUACUCAAGGUCCAUGGUGGGGAAACAACUCAACCGAAGGUCCAUGGUGGGGAAACAACUCAACCGAAGGUCCAUGGUGGGGAAACAAUUCAACAGAAGGUCCAUGGUGGGGAAACAACUCAACCGAAGGUCCAUGGUGGGGAAACAACUCAACCGAAGGUCCGUGGUGGGGAAACAAUUCUACGGAAGGUCCAUGGUGGGGAAACAACUCAACCGAGGGUCCAUGGUGGGGAAACAACUCAACCGAAGGUCCAUGGGGGGGAAACAACUCAACCGAAGGUCCAUGGUGGGGAAACAACUCUACUGAGGGUCCAUGGACAAACACCACCCAGACUCCACCGACAGACACCACUGCCUGGGACAACACCACUUUGGAGCCCAACUGGAACAGCACCACUCUUGGCCCCAACAUAAGCUCCAGUGAAGGUCCAUGGAUCGGCAACUCAACCCAGGGACCCCUGAGCACUACCGAAGCUCCUGGGUGGAACAACACCACUGCCAGUUUGAACACUACAACCGUGGACGACAGCACCACCACCACGGGCAAUUGGUUUGACAACCUGAUGAACGAGAUUGGAUCCCUCUUCUAGACUCAAAAGCAACGAAAAGCACACCUCAACUGUGAGGUCAGUGCACUAAGCUUUAGGAAAGCAAAUAAAUAAAGUUAUCAGC